AGUCCCAGGUAAUUACAGGCUGGUGACGACGAUGAUGGUGAGGAUGAUGACGAUGAUGACCUGCCGAGAACAGAAGAGGAGUCUAUUGCUUUGGACAGCAGAGCGAGACACACUGCUGAACACAGUCUUGUGGAUGUUGUGAAGGAGGCGAUGGUGGAGUCCUCAGAUAAUCACAGUCCAGGGUGUGGGUCUGUAUGCAACGAGUCCGCAGCCUCGGAGGGACGGGGGCCGCCUGUGUUGGUCGACGCCUGGCUGGUGCCCACUUUCUUUGGCCUCAUCAUGCUGGUCGGCCUGGUGGGAAACUCGCUGGUCAUCCAUGUGGUCACCAAACAUCAGCAGAUGAAGACUGUCACCAACUUUUUCAUAGUAAACCUGGCCACGACUGACAUCUUGUUUCUGGUGUGCUGUGUGCCCUUCACUGCCACACUGUACCCACUGCCCAGCUGGAUCUUUGGAGAGUUCAUGUGCCGACUAGUGAACUACCUUCAGCAGGUGACUGCUCAGGCCACAUGCAUCACUCUAUCAGCGAUGAGCGUUGACCGCUGCUAUGUGACGGUCUAUCCUCUGCAGUCACUGCGGCACCGCACCCCCCGCAUGGCUCUGGCCAUCUCUGUCUCUAUUUGGAUAGGCUCCCUGCUGCUGUCCAUUCCUGUGGCCGUGUACCAGCGCCUGGAGGCAGGAUACUGGUUUGGUCCUCAGACGUACUGCACUGAGAUCUUCCCCUCGGCCCACCUCCAGAGAACCUUCAUCAUCUACAGCUUCUUGGCCGUCUACCUGCUGCCCCUGCUCACCAUCACUGCCUGUUACGCCUUCAUGCUCAAGCGCAUGGGCCAACCCAGCGUCAACCCUAUCGACAGCAGCUACCAAGCUCCGACUGAGCGAGCAGUCGCAGUGCGGGCGCGAGUCUCUCGCAUGGUGGUGGUGAUGGUGGCCCUGUUCCUCAUCUGCUGGGGCCCCAUCCAGGUCUGCAUCCUGCUGCAGGCGUUUGGUCUCCGCAGUUACGUGCUGUACAAGCUGAAGAUCUGGGGUCAUUGCAUGUCUUACUCCAACUCCUCUGUCAACCCCCUGGUUUAUGCCUUCAUGGGCAACAAUUUCAGAAAGGCCUUCAGACACGCCUUCCCCACCAUAUUUCUGUGGCGCACCAGGAGCAGAGUCCGAGUGGGCAACGUGGACACAGAGGAAGGGCGGGAGAUUGAUCCACAGUCUCCCAGAGCAGACGCAGAGAUGCACUUUCUUUCAUCUGGGUCCUAAAGGCCACUUUGAACAUUUGGAUACUGUACAUGCAUCAUUUAUUUAUAGUUUGUUCUGGACAUGAGAGCAGACCACCCACAGUACUAUACUGUAACAAACACAAGAAUAUGUGUUUGUGUAGUCAUAAUAUAUUCCCAAGUCUGUACCAGCAUGGCACAUUUAAAACAUGCAGGACAGUGGGUCAUGAGGACCAAGAUUGAGAAACCACGUCCUAAUCAUCAGGAUUGAGCAGGCUUUAGUUGCAUGCAGAUAAAAAGUCCAUGUAAAGUGCAGAGGAGGUGGUAUCAGCAUUUGAAUUGAUCUGCAUUCAUUUUAGAUUAGCCAAACACUAGUGGUGGAGGGGGGGGGAAAUCAAGUCAUCUUCACUUCUGAGCACAAACAGAAGAAGAAGAAGUAAAUCUUAGCCUGAAUAUCUGUCUUCACGGGACGCCCUACAAUAAUUCACCAGUAUAUAACUAAUUAUAUAACUAAUAAGUAAUAUAAACUAAGUCUUGAACCUAAAACCAAGCAUUCAUCUAUCUAGGACUACUGGUACACACACCCACACACCCACACACACACACACACAUCUUGUGAUUUUCACAAGCUACUGAAACACAAUUAUCUUGGUCACAUGUUUCCUAGCUUAGCUGGACUCACGCUGUCACUUAAGUAAAACGUCAAAAUGUUGGAGCUUGUUGAUUUAUUUAUUGGUUUAUUUCUACAAAUGAUCAUGUUCUAUUUCAGUCAGAGCUCCGGCUCAUCACAGUUAACCUGGAUUUAUAUUCUUAAAAGAACAACUAUAACCAAAAAAAAAAAACACAAUUAAUUUUCCUU